AUGGGAUUGUCAGUCGAUAUGUUAAAAGAAUCUGACACUGGCUUCCACGACAUCAUCCCAACCCGACCCGCUUAUCCCCUUGGUAAAAUUUCAUUGAACGUUGUCUUCGGCACAGCCGACAACUUCAGGAAGGAGAAACUCGAGUUUGAGGUGGUAGAUUGGGAAUCACAGUUCCAUGCCAUCCUUGGCAGGCCAGCGUUUGCCAAGUUCAUGGAAGUCCCUCAUUACGCAUAUUUGAAGCUGAAGAUGCCAGGCAAUAACGAGACAGAAAUAACUGUUCACGGAAGUUUUUCUCAUUAUGAUAACUGCGAUAGAGAUUUCCAGAAGAUCGCUUCCAAGUUCGGAGUCAGGGAAGAACUUAAUGCACUUGACGUAGUCACCGAUCAUACACAGCCACCUGCCGACAAUCGGAACACAAAGUCCGAUGAGUUUGACGUUGCCAAGGAAGCAAAGAAGCAUCAAGUGCACCCGUCUGACCCGAAGAAGACAGUCAAUACAUCGGCAGAUCUUACAGCUGCAUAG